AUGGCUGCUGCUACGUAUCUCGGAGGACCUAUAACGGCAUUAACAUUUCUGAUAUUGGAGACGCAGAAUGAUUAUGUUCGAUUUCAUGCCUAUCAAUCAGCCCUUCUCACAACCCCACUGCUUGCCCUUCUCCUUCUAUUCAACCUCGUUAUCCGUCUUCCCACAUUUCUCCGAGUUCUUCUCAUCUUGGGAUCGAUAUGUGUUACCCUCUACGCUUCAUUCAGAGCGUGGAAAGAUGCUCAAGAGGGAUUGGGAAGAUAUUGGUUGCCAUAUAUUGGAGAAAUUGCCGAGAAAUGGAUUAUCUACAACAUCCGACAUCGACAUCUACUCCGAUUCAUCCUCCUAAUCCUAUCUUUCAUAUGUCUUCUAGGUCUUCUCACAUUCCAUCUCCCCCCUCCGUCAUUCCUUCCCUCUCCGAACUCACACUACCAUCCUAUAUCUCCAUUCCGAGUUCCCCCUACACUCUUCCGACCUCCUCCAGAUCCAUCACGACCGACAUUUUUAUCACCUCCCUUGGCACCGAAAAAGAAUGGGAUGGUCGUCCCUAAUUCUGUACAUUAUGUGUACGGUUUGAAACCUGUCAAAGAGGGAGAGAAAGUACCGGAAUUACCUUACUAUGCGUAUUUGGCAAUGAAGAGUGCUUUGAUGGUUUUGAAGCCAGAGAAAAUGUAUUUUCACUACAUCAAUUUACCCACUGGACCAUGGUGGGAUCUAAUAUCCCCUCAUUUAACCUUAACACCAACUAUCGUCCCUUAUUCCGUAUUCGGUAAUGAGUUGAAUCAUUUCGCCCACCAAGCGGAUAUCUUACGUUUAAUGAUAAUGAAACAUAUGGGUGGUAUAUAUUUAGAUAUAGAUAUGUUCAUGUGA